GAACGAAUUCUAACAUUAGUAGUAUUCAGCUCACGGAUUCUAGACCACUGGAUCUAGCAUUCAAACAAGCUCCGACUCCGUGCUUUCCCCCGUGAUUUCUCUCAAAACGCCUCUGUCCUAUUUAACCGGCUAUACAACCGGACACUACAACCGGUGCAACGAUACCCCAUGAUGUCUUGGCCAGGCAGGAUCUUUGUUCCACGUGGCUAUCGCCUAAUUGUCGUAGUUAUUGGUGGAUUGCCCAUGAGGAAUCGAUCUUGCAUGUCCACCACGCUACCCCGGACCCCAGAUAGUACGGGUGCGGGGAGCUCGUAACCAUGGGGAAAAGAAUAUAAUCUCCUCCUUAGUCGCAUGUUACUAUCACAGAGUGAUCAUUUCCUUGCCUGCGGGUUCCCCUUCUCUUGGACAUCCCGGGGCAUUGUCAUAUUCGAAAACAAUAUAGUCUACAACGAGGACUUCGAGGGUCCACGUUGGUCACAAUGGGUGGUGCUGAUACAACAGUGGCUCUCAAUGCCGCUGCUACGGCGCGCAAGCAAGCUCUUGCAGGUCCCUCUGGCCCUGCUGGUUUGGUUCAAAACGCAAAGGUGUUUGGAAUUGCACUGUUCGCUUGUCUUGGAGGGUUGCUCUAUGGUUACAACCAGGGUGUUUUCUCUGGAGUCCUGGCGAUGUAUUCCUUCGACGAACAUAUGGGAGAUGCUGUCACAAACACCACGAAGAAAGGAUGGCUAACGUCAAUUCUCGAACUCGGUGCUUGGACGGGGACCUUAUAUUCUGGCGUACUUGCAGAACGCAUUUCUCGUAAAUAUACAAUUCUCGUCAACGUCGUUAUAUUCUGCAUUGGUGUUAUCGUCCAGACUACUGCUUCUGUUGGCGGCUCUUCCAAUAUUUUGGGUGGUCGGUUCGUCACCGGUAUGGGCGUUGGAAGUCUCUCAAUGUGUGUCCCGAUGUACAAUGCUGAGAUCGCGCCCCCUGAGGUGAGAGGAUCUUUGGUUGCGUUACAACAACUUGCCAUUACUUUCGGAAUCAUGGUGAGUCUAGUUAUUCUCAGUAUCUUUCUGGUCAGUAUCAGUUUCUCUCAAAAGAUCACGCAACCUGACACAACAGAUAGGAUUGACUAUGGCACGAAUUACAUCGGCGGUACGGGAUCAACCCAAAGCGAAACCGCUUGGUUGCUCCCUCUGGCUCUGCAGCUCAUCCCUGCUAUUCUUCUCGGCGCUGGAAUGCUAUUCAUGCCCUUCUCUCCCAGAUGGCUCGUCCAUCAUGACCGCGAGGAAGAGGCCAAAGAUGUUCUUGUCAGUCUCCGUGGGCUUCCUCGUGACCACCCCCUUCUCGAACUGGAGUUCCUGGAGAUAAAGUCUCAGAGUCUCUUCGAGAAGCGAACAGAGAAGGAGAAGUUCCCACACCUCGAAAGAUCCAAUACGUGGAGCUAUAUCAAGCUGGAAGCAGCAGGAUUCGGUAGUCUCUUCAAGACAUGGCCAAUGUUCAGACGAGUCAUGGUGGCUACUGUGACAAUGACCUUCCAGCAAUGGACCGGCGUCAAUGCCGUCCUGUACUAUGCUCCAUCCAUCUUCGCUCAACUCGGCAUGAGCAGCAACACCACAUCUCUUCUAGCGACAGGCGUUGUUGGAAUAGCAAUGUUCCUCGCAACUAUCCCCGCCGUGAUGUACAUUGACCGUCUUGGUCGCAAACCCGUUCUGGUAGUAGGCGCCAUCGGAAUGGCCUCUUGCCACUUCAUCAUCGCAGCUAUCUUCGGUCAGAAUGAACACCAAUGGGACACCCACAAGGCAGCAGGAUGGGCUGCCGUCGCCAUGGUAUGGCUCUUCGUCAUUCACUUUGGAUAUUCCUGGGGCCCUUGCGCAUGGAUCGUCAUCUCUGAAAUUUGGCCAUUGAGUGUCCGCGCCAAGGGAAUCGCAUUGGGCGCAUCUGCGAACUGGAUGAACAACUUUAUCGUCGGCCAAGUCACCCCCGAUAUGCUCACGGGAAUCACAUAUGGAACCUAUAUCUUCUUCGGCCUAAUCACCACCCUAGGAGCUCUAUUCAUUGCCUUCUUGGUUCCUGAGACGAAGCAGCUAUCUCUGGAGGAAAUGGACGUCAUCUUUGGCUCUGAGGGUACCGCUACCUCGGACCAUGAGCGCCAGACUGAGAUUUCUCGUGAGGUCGGACUUGAUGAUGCCUUGGCGAAGCUAACGUCCGCGGGGGUUACAGAGGUCAGACAUGAUGAGUCGAAGGCAUGA